GUGCUCAGGGGUCCCCGAUCAGGCGCCUGCCUCUGGGCCUGCGUGGGUGGUGCAGCCUCUCUUCAAUCACUAAGAACUGGUUCUUUCAAAGCAUGUAUUUUCUGAAGAAACUUUAGAACCGCGUUUAUUUUGAAAGAACGAAUUGGAGAAAACAAAUAGAUUGAUGCUCACAGCUUCUUGGGUGCUUUCUCAUGGGUAAAGCCAUGGCAUCGGUACCUUCCAUCGGUUGCCUUCUAGCCAGAAAUCAGUAUUAUCGAAAGUCCAGUGUUUCUUCAGUUAGUUCUUUAACUGUCUCUGAUUCCAUUAACUUCAUAGAUGAUGACAAAUCACAGCAAGGGUUGCCUGAAGUGGCAGAAUCCACCUGGUGGUUUAAAUUCUUUUUCCAUUCUGAACCUGUGCUUUCAAAUGUGAGAAUAAAAGAUCUGUCUGCUACUGGCAUGAACAGUUGAUUCUGACAAUCAAGACCCUCUGCCUGCUGCAGUGGCCCAUAUGUGAACGGCUCCCCUUCAGCGCCCCAGCUACUCCAGGAUUCUUCUCCUUGUAAGAAGACAAAAAUGUGCCUGAGAUCUCACUUAUGAGACAAGAUCACAGCAGUCACUGAUAUAGCAAAAGUUUAGGCAUUUUUCUCAACACAAAGACUAUCACCGCAAGUGGCACUUGCUACCUGGUGCAUCUCUGAAAAUUGUGCCUUUAGAAACAAGACACCCCUUUGAAGUAAUAUGUCUUCAAAUGUUGUGAUUUACAUAAAGUAGCUCUUUCAAUACUUAUAUCAUUUUUAUUAAAAAUCUUAAGUUAGAUUCUU